UCGUUUCUUAUGUAGCCGACGCACUGAAACUUCAAAAAAGCUACGAAUAAUUUUAAUGAUUGAACGUUCCGGAAUAUUACUGACCGCGUUUGCGUUAAUUUGUCGUAGCGCUUGAAAGUGUACCGAUAUUGGACAUUAUGGAUGACCCUUGGGUAGUGACCUAUCGACAUCUGAUGUUGAAAUCCGUGCGCAGCUAUUCUGGUUUGCAUCCUGUUAUGAUCGGCGCAAUUAUGAUCCAUACAGGCAAAUCACAAGAGGCCUACUCAUACCUUCCCUUUUUUCUGAAGAAGCAUCGGCCGGAGCUGCGGGAUCUGCGCGCAUUUGGAUCGGAUGAAGACCAAGCCAUAGGAAACGCCUUUAAAGUGGCCUUUCCUAAAGCGGCUCACUUUUUAUGCGAUCUUCAUUUAAAAGAUACUGUUAAGCGAAAGAUGAGCGAACUGGGUUUAGAACAUUAUACGGCUGCAGUAAUCAUGGAAGACGUCUUUGGUGCUCUGAGAGAAAAUACCGUUUGCGGUGGGCUUGUCAAUUGUACAGGUGCAGAAUAUGACAACGAAUUGGAGAAAGCACUGGAGAAAUGGAGCUUUACAGAAGCUGGAGAACGAUUUGCCAUUUACUUUCGAAAGCACAAAGCUCAGCAGGUCAAAGAAAGCGCAUUGUUGGAGCACAGAAUCGCAGCGGGAAUGGGCCUUAACGUGUACACCCAAAACGCUAACGAGUGUUCUAACAACGUUCUCAAGCAAACAGCCAACCAUGAGAAAGCCACGAUUAAUGAUUUCGUUGACCUGUGGCGUGAAGUGAGCAUAAAGCAAUCAACUGAUAUCGAACAAGCCGGCAUGGGGAGAAGUGAGCGACUGUUUUUGCUAGACGAUUACAAGCAUUUACACGUGAAGGACAGGGACUUUUACAAUUCGGCUAAGAAUCCUAGUGCACCCCACCGCGCCAGAACAAUGAAAAGCAUCCAUUCCGCUAAACUGCUGCCAAAGGCGCUAAAUUUUUCCUCCGAUUUUGCCACGAUAGGGACUAGAAAGCGCUCUGAAAAUGGUAUUGACAGAAUUGUUGUGCCUAAACAAUUGCAAGAAAAACUGGUUAAAAUGAAGAAGUUGAAAUUCCUCUUGCUCAGUCGCAGAGAGAAAGCCCGUGCACUACGAAGUCUGUUCGCGGAAUUGAAGAAUCCAGUUAUCGAGGUUGACAGCGUUGUGGAAAUGGUGUGUGAAGACAAGUCCAGUGAUGUGGACAAACUUUGA